GGGCCUGAGGUGGUAACUUUAACAGGUAUAAGUAUUUCUUUCCUCUGUUUCAGCUGAGAAGUUUUGAGAAUGAAAUAUUCAAAGCCAUUAAGAGACCUCCAAUUAAAUUUCUCAUCAUGCUUAUUCUGUAGUUCGCAUUAAGUCCAGAGUACUGAAGGAACUGAACCAGUGGACUCGGUAGACAUCAGGUAGCUGGCCAUGGUGUUGGCCAUGGCGUCUCAGGAGGCUCAGAACUUCUUCCAGCCUUUCUCUUCCUGGAUAUCUCGGGUUUAUGAAGCUCUCCAGCAAGCAGGAGAUAUAUUAUCUGCUUCACUGGUUAACAUAAGCCAACAAGACUCUAAAUUGAGUGACAAGCUAGACCAGGAGUUAGAAGAUAUUACCAUUCAGGAAACUUACUAUGGAGAUGAAGAACAAGACAAUGAUUGGAGUCAAGAGGAUGAAAAUUCCAUGUUUCUUGAAGUGGAUCAUUUCUCAUGUUGUAAUAGUGAUUUGCAGAACUCUGCCCAAAGCCCAAGCCCCAGACUUAGCCAACAUGCAAAGGACUCAUGUUCCACAAUGUCCCAGUGGCCCAAUGAGACCCUUGAUGACCAAAAGUCACCACAUGUGCUUUCUUCUAUUGCUGAGGAAGAGCAUCACCUCGAAAAGCAAAGAAGUGGCCUUCAACACGGCUUUGACAGUCAGCUCCCUGGUACUUUAGAAACUGUUAAUGGAAAAAAACAAGUUAACAGCUUUGGGGAUGAUGAAGAGCUAUCCACGUCUUCUGACAGCGAUGAGGAGGUGAUCAAACAAUUUGAGAUUUCCGUGUCCCGGUCCCAGAGUUUCCGUGCAGGAGCAUCUGAGCAAGGAAAGCAGACCGGAUUGGAGCAGAAACUGAAAUUCAGCCGUUUGCUGUCUACCUGUGAAGAAGAUAGCACGGAAGUAUCUGCCUGUGAAGAUUUGGAUGGAGCCAGCCCAGAAAGUUAUUCUGAGAAUCUGUCUCACUGUGAAGAUGACCCCGUCCAUGCUCAUGCACCGUCCCCAUGCGAGAGAGUGGGUACCAGGCACCAUGGCGCAUCUCACCAAGAGUCCAGUGAGGCCCGAAGCCUCAGUCGCCAGUCCACAGAGGGCAGCUUGGAGAUGGAGACAGCUUUUAAUAACCGGGGAUUUGAAGAUUCCUACGCCACAGACAGUUCCUCCAUGUGGAGUCCAGAGGAACAGGACGGGACCAGUUUGCAGGUGCCAUCUGGGAUUUCGGAGCCCAUCUCAAAGUGUGGUGACCUAGAUGUCAUCUUUGAAUAUAGAGCUGCGAGCCAGAAGCUCACAGUAACGACUGUGAGAGCACAGGGCCUUCCAGAUAAGGACCGAAGCGGCGUCAACUCCUGGCAAGUUCACAUGGUGCUGCUGCCCAGUAAGAAGCAGAGGGGCAGGACGAGCAUACAGAGAGGGCCGAACCCCAUCUUCAAGGAGAAGGUCACUUUCACCAAGCUGGAGCCCAGAGACGUGGCUGCCUGUGCUGUCCGCUUCCGCCUGUAUGCUGCCCGGAAAAUGACCCGAGAGAGAAUGAUGGGAGAGAAACUAUUCUAUCUCAGCCACCUGCACGCGGAAGGGGAAAUGAAAGUAACUCUGGUUCUGGAGCCAAGGAGUAAUAUAAGUAGUGGAGGGUCUCCGCUCAGCCCAUCUGCAGUUUCUCACAGUGAUAGUGCUUCAUCCACGCAGUCACUGUCUCAUGGAGGGGCGCCAGAGCUGUUGGUGGGGCUGUCCUACAACGCCACAACGGGCCGAUUAUCUGUGGAAAUGAUCAAAGGCAGCCAUUUCCGAAACCUCGCUGUUAACCGAGCGCCUGAUACAUAUGGAAAACUCUUUCUUCUCAAUUCUGUGGGCCAAGAGAUGUCCCGCUGCAAGACGUCCAUUCGACGUGGUCAGCCCAAUCCUGUGUAUAAGGAGACCUUUGUUUUCCAGGUGGCGCUCUUUCAGCUCUCUGACGUCACGCUGAUGAUUUCCGUUUAUAACAGGCGUACUAUGAAGCGCAAGGAGAUGAUUGGCUGGAUUGCUCUGGGCCAAAACAGCAGUGGAGAGGAGGAACAAGAUCACUGGGAGGAAAUGAAGGAAACCAAAGGCCAGCAGAUCUGCAGGUGGCACACUUUGCUGGAAUCCUAGGUUUGCCAACUGGUGUUUGUGUACUGUGUCCACGUUGGUCACCCAUGUUGCUGACUACUGACACUAAGUCAGUGCAUUCUGGCAAGGUUUUCAGGCUUUCCAACAGAGAUUCCAUUAACCCCUAGGACAUCCUGAGUGGGAGCUUUGGGUUUUUCAAAGUUUUAUUUGUAUUUAAAUAUUAUAAUUAAAAAAAACCCCACAUGUGAAGCCAAGUGUACUGUAUGGAAAAUGUUACCACAGUUAAGACCACUGAUGAUGAGUCAAUUUGUGCUGAUAGAUCAUUGAAUUGUGGUUCAGACUAUGGGAUGAAGCUUCUCCUGCUUUCUCUGUUUGCUUAACAAGUAACCUGAGAUUGCAAGGGGGCUGUAAAAUUCAACCACUUAGGUGUACGAAUCAGAAUUUUCUUAAUAUGGUGCAACAAACUCCCAAAUACAGAAAUGAAUCAGAGUCUGAGGCUCAUAGAAGAAUGUAACUAUAACCCCUAAUCCCUUAUUUCACAUUUUUCUCUUUAUCAAAAAAACCCCAUUUACCUAACAAGUAAAUAUUGUGAACUUGCACUGAUAAAAUAAAUUUGUAUUAAUUAAAUACCUCUUUUAUCUCACAUAUAUUAUGGUUUCUAUGAGAUUUGAUUAGAUGAAUCAUUUUGAAGCUAGAAAAGAAUUCAAAAACUACUGUUGUAAGACAACUUGUCUACUUUUGAAUAUGUAAGAUUUCAAACUUGUAACUUUCAAGGUUUUUAUGCUUUUUCACCUAAUAAAUUCUUACAGAAUGAGAUAAAAUCCAAAAAACCGAUUUCAGUCAUAGACUUAUUGAGUUUUCUGGUGUUCUUUUGGAUUAUACUUUUUCUAUAUUCAAUUAUAUAUACUCAUACGUGUAUUUUGAAUGUACUCCUGCAUGUAAACCAUGCUCUUUUUCUUAAUGCAGUGUUUUCUAUCAUUAGAGCAUAGUAAAUUGCAUACAAUGGGUCUUUAAUAAAUAUUGAUUUGAUUGAUUCUU